UGGAGGCCUGCUCUAGACCUGGUGCUUCCCUUUGCUGGCUUCAUGGCGGCGCGGUCUGCCUUCCGGAUGCUGCGGCGGCUUCUGAAGUCCAGCGCCCGGGGCUGCAGCUCAGGCGCUCCGGUGUCGCAGCCCCGCCCCGCGGAGCCCUCGAGACCCGCCAGGGAGGGGCUGUCCACGAGGGUCCAGUUCCUCCAAGAGCAUGCAGCUCCCUUCUCUGCCUUCCUCACGGACAGCUUUGGCCGGCAGCACAAUUACCUGCGGAUCUCUCUCACAGAGAAGUGCAACCUCCGAUGCCGGUAUUGCAUGCCUGAGGAGGGUGUGUCCCUCACCCCCAAGGCUGACCUACUGACCACAGAGGAGAUCCUGACCCUUGCUCGGCUCUUUGUGAAGGAAGGUGUGGAUAAGAUCCGACUCACGGGUGGAGAGCCACUCAUCCGGCCAGAUGUGGUAGACAUCGUGGCACAACUUCAUCGGCUGGAAGGGCUGAGAACCAUCGGUGUCACUACCAACGGCAUCAACCUAGCCCGGCUGCUGCCCCAGCUCCAGCAGGCAGGGCUCAACGCUGUUAACAUCAGCCUGGACACUCUGGUGCCGGCCAAGUUUGAGUUCAUCGUCCGCAGGAAAGGCUUCCACAAAGUCAUGGAGGGUGUUCACAAAGCCAUUGAGCUGGGUUACAAGCCUGUGAAGGUGAACUGUGUGGUGAUGCGAGGCCUGAAUGAAGACGAGCUUCUAGACUUUGUGGCCUUGACAGAAGCCCUUCCCCUGGAUGUGCGCUUCAUCGAGUACAUGCCAUUUGACGGCAACAAGUGGAACUUCAGGAAGAUGGUUAGCUACAAGGAGAUGCUGGACACCAUUCGACAGCGGUGGCCAGGGCUGGAGAAGCUGCCCGAGGAGGACUCCAGCACAGCCAAGGCCUUUAAGAUCCCUGGCUUCCAGGGCCAGAUCAGCUUCAUUACCUCCAUGUCCGAGCAUUUCUGUGGGACCUGCAACCGACUGCGCAUCACAGCUGACGGGAACCUCAAGGUCUGCCUCUUCGGGAACGCUGAGGUGUCCCUGCGGGACCACCUGCGGGCGGGGGCAUCUGAGGAGGAGCUUCUGAGAAUCAUUGGGGCAGCCGUGGGUAGGAAGAAGAGGCAGCAUGCAGGCAUGUUUAACAUUGCCCAGAUGAAGAACCGGCCCAUGAUCCUCAUCGGGGCAUUUUUGAUGCUUCAAGAUUCCCCACCAGCUACUUGGAGCCUUUUCUCCUGGGAUCCCCUGCGUGUUCGGAGUCCGAGUGCCAGGGAGAACCUCUCUGAUAAGAUGGCAACUUUGUGGGAAAAACUCCGUGUUCCCAUGGCCCUUCCUCUGUUUCAGCAGUGCCUGGGGUCUGGCUCCCCUCAGAGACACUACAGCCACUACCCAGACUCUGACACUCACUCUAAGUGCCUUAGCAAAGACUCACAGGGUCCUGCUGUCCCCUCAGGACCAGGGCCAACCUCAACUCAGCUAACUCAUGUGGAUUCAGAAGGACGGGCAGCUAUGGUAGAUGUGGGCGGGAAGCCAGACACACUGCGGGUGGCUGUGGCCUCUGCUGUGGUCCUUCUUGGACCUGUGGCCUUCAAGCUUGUCCAGCAGAGCCAGCUGAAGAAGGGAGAUGCUCUCACAGUGGCCCAGCUGGCUGGAGUCCAGGCAGCCAAGCUAACUAGUCAGGUGAUCCCCCUGUGCCACCAUGUGGCCCUGAGCCACGUGCAGGUACAGCUGGAGCUGGACAGUACACGCCAUGCCGUGCUGAUCCAGGCAUCAUGCCGGGCCCGGGGCCCCACUGGUGUAGAGAUGGAGGCGCUGACUUCGGCUGCCAUGGCUGCCCUUACGGUGUAUGACAUGUGCAAGGCAGUCAGUAGGGACAUCGUGGUGGCAGAGGUAAAGCUGAUCAGCAAGACUGGGGGUCAGCGGGGGGACUUCCAUCGGGCUUAGGGAGCCUCACUCACUCACUGUGGUCAUGGCUCCCAAGGGAUACAAUUUAGGCCAAGGAAAAGAUGUCACAUUCCUCUAAAUCUAGUCACUGUGACCUAGGGUCACUAUGAUAUUUAUAGUGAGAUGUUCUCAACCUAAGACACCUCCGUCCUUGACACCUUCCAGGACUCCAGCCUUGGGAGGUUUGAUACUGGAUCCCCACCCCCCAGUCAUGCCAGAGUGCUUGAGUUGUUUCAGAUGGAUAGCUUUAAGCAGCCCUUCUCAUUAGGGCCCUCUCCUCUCUUCCUGGGGAGAUAAUAAGGGCUCACUGAGCAGAGGAGCCCACUUUGAGGAGGGAAAAGCACAAGCUUCCUAAAGAGUGGGUCACAGUGAUCCCACUGCCUGGCUUCC